UCCUUCUCUUUCUAUUUCCUCUCUAAAAUAAAAUAAAAUAAACAAAUAAAUAAAAUCAUAUUCCAUUCUCUCUCACCUAUUUAAAUAUCUCCCUCCUUUCCUUUUCCCUUCCCUUCCCACACACAAAAUGAACCCCUUUCCUUCUUCCACAAACUCAGUGAACAGUUUCUACACAUUCUUAAGCAGAGGAAUUGAUGAUUUAGAGAGAGCUUUUCUUUCAAGCAACUUGAUGUCAAUCCAAUUCCUUCAAAGGGUACUCUCUAUACUUAGAUCCUUUCACACCCAACUAGUACUUUUGGUUCAAAAACUUCAUCUCCCUGUUGGUGAUAAAUGGCUUGAUGAAUACAUGGAUGAAAGCUCCAAACUUUGGGAAACAUGUCACCUUCUCAAGUCUGGUAUUUCUAGCUUUGAGAGUUACUACUCAACUGGCAUUAAUAUCACUUCGAUUUUCGACUCUCACUCGCAUCUCUCUCAACAACUCCGCCGUCAGGCUCUGAGGGGAAUAUCAGGGUGUAGAACAGAAGCUAUGGGAAUGGAAGAAGAAAACCGUGCAUUGAUGGAAACAAGAGUCCAACUACUUUCUCUACGUUUUGACGAAAGAGUAUCGGUUGAAUCAAAGCUAAACGGUUUCAACGGCUUCAGGGGAGUUUUAUAUGCAAUGAGAAACAUUAGUUCAAUGCUGCUCACAAUCCUGUUACACGGUUUGGUGUACCAUUGUCCCGAGACAUUGAACACAGUCACAGGGUUCGAGGGUCGGUUGUCUCUUGGGUCGGGGCUAAUGAUAUCUGCUGCGAGAUUGCAGCAGAGAGUGGCGGCGGAGAUGAGUGAGGUUGUGCCGGGGAUGUUAUUGUAUGAGUUUAGAAGGACGAGGGUGGCGGUGGAGGAGCUGAGAGGAGAAUUGGAGAUGAAUGCGCUGGUUGUUCAAUGGAAAAUGGAAGAUAGUUUGAGGGAGAAAGUAGAGAGUGUUAGAAUGUGUUUUGGUGUGCUUAAAUCUGGUGCUGAUAAUAUUGUUUGUCAGCUUGAUGAUUUCUUUGACGAAAUUGUUGAAGGUAGGAAGAAGCUUUUGGAUUUUUGUAGUCAUAGGUAAUUUAGUACUACUAUGGUUUGAAAUUAUAGUUGCGGUAACAUUUAUGGUGUGCCACUAUGCAAUCAUCUUAUUAAAAAAAUAUACAAUCAAGUGAUGGUGAUGUAGUCCUUAGUUUAUUAUAUGAAAAAGUCGAAAGCACCAGAGUUAAAUCUA